AUGUCGUCAAGUCUCGGUAAUCCAGAGCGAUCCAUUUCCAUUGAUGGCUUUUACUAUGGGGAGAGUUCAGUUUUGGGGAAACAGGUGGACGCGUUGUUGGCAAAUGGCUACUAUCUCAAGACAGUCGAAGGCCCUCGAUUCUGUAAAGCCCUUAACUUCGAUGACGAGCGCAUUCGGAACAUUAUCGAAACCCUCCUCCCAGGUUCUUCUCUAGGUUUUACCAAACCCUAUGGUGCGACAGCACGCGAUCUGUGUGUCCUCAACCGAACUCCUGAAGAGGCAAAAGUAAUACUGGCUCAGCUCUGGUCAUGCAAAUCCCAGAUGGUUUUCUGCUGGCGCUCACAUCGCCACGUGCUUGACGCGAUUGCUGCGCCUAUCGCCCUAUUGAAGAUUCUUCCGGCCGAGCUUGAAAAAGAGGACAUUGAAGGCCAAAAUGUCUCCAUGGAGAGUGGCGGUUUUCAAUUCUAG